AAACCGUCCAUUGAAGCGACCGUCAAUGAACAGAUGGUGACUUCAAGCAAUGUUCCAUCUUCGAAGUCGCUUACUGCUGACGAAAUGACUGCGUGGAUAGUACAUGGUGGCUAUAGUCCAACUGUUGUGCAAUCCUAUUGUCGACCAGACGCAUGCGUAAUGUACCGUGGCGAUUGCUAUUGA